CUCAAGGAUUUGGCGACGACUCCACUGUAUUGCGAGCCAAAAGAUAUUUCAUCGCGAUCUUCAUCAGCCAACGACCCGGACUAUGCCAUUCCCGAUGUGGCCGUCACUAUACCAGUGGUCAGCAAUAAUAACAACACAAACACUACUAUACAACAGACGCCGACAUUCACCGGCAAACCAAUGCCACAACUGUUGAGCCAACGAUACUAUGCUUCCACUGAUGUCAUCAAAUCGCCAAAACUUCAGACAAACAGUCUUAUAAUGAAACGCAAGUUAACCAAUGGUGACAACGAUAUGAAGUCAUUUAAGUACAGCACUGGUGUGAACGACGCGAUCGUUGAUCUCAAGUGCAUUCCGCAGAUCAGCGAAGAGGAGAUCCAAUUGAUUCGUUCGCCUUUCGGUUCGUCAAAAUUUGGCGAAAUAUCGAUUGGAAAAUACAAAUACAAGAUUAGAUCCCAAUGUGAGGAACCGGUGGUCGACGAGACACUUGUCGUGUUGAAGGCGUUGAGGAACGAGAAGCUGAGGAAUGAGUUUUACCACGAAAUGAAGUCUAAAUGGUUUAUAUCAGCCAAAAGCGAACGAAUCGCUAAACUCUUUGGUUUUGUUACGACCGCUGAUUACACGGCAAUGGUUUUAGAGGUCGGCGACUGUGAUCUGAACCACUUUUUGCGAAACUGUGAUAACAACCAAAUCGGCUAUUCAACACUGAUAUACAUCGCCAGCGAAGUGGCGUCGGGUAUGAAAUACUUGGAAACGUUAGGCUAUGUUCACAAAGACAUAGCGGCCAGAAAUAUAUUGGUUUACACAAACAAUUUGUUAAUAAAAAUCGGCGAUUCCGGCGCUCACGCCUUAGCCAACAAAAGUGAUUACAUGAAGGGUAUAGCGAUUCGGUGGGCGAGUCCUGAAGCCCUUAUACACGGAAUAUUCACUAAUAAAUCAGACGUCUAUUCGUUUGGCGUUACGUUUUGGGAGAUAUUAACGUAUUGUUCGCUCAAACCCUACCAUCAUUUGGACGACCAGUCGUUUCUCAAAUCGUUUGUUGAUAUUCACGAACAAAAGGCCGAUAUUGACUGCACUAAUAAAGCCAUUUAUUACCAGCCCUUCACUGAUGCGAAUGAUGGCCAAAGAGUGAUGGCUUUGCCCAGACCUGAGGGCUGUCCAAAAGAGAUAUACGAUCUGAUGGUCGAGUGUUGGCAGACAAACGAUGUCUCCCGACCCACGUUUAGAGAGAUAUCGCUGUUUCUUAACCGCAAAACAAUUGGUUUCCAAAAGCCUUCCCUUUGAAACACUUGUUUACGCUUUUAUUUCAUCAUUACUUUUCAUUUGUGAAUAUCAGUAACAAUUCAAACAAAAAUCUCAAAAAUCAAUUUUGAAUAAUUUUACACAAAAAGCACAGUAUUUUGAUGUGAAUAUUCAUGUCUUGUUUUAAUAUGACUGCCAUUUCUGAUGCCAUAAUAUAUACAGUAUGUUAUCGUGAAUUGCCUUAAAAUCUAAUCAAUAAAAUUCAACACAAUUUCCAAUUCAAUUAAGUGUCGGUCACAUAAACCGGACGUUUUUUGAUCGCCUGAUUAUAACAAUAAUUCAAUUGUAUUUCCGGUUUCGUAUCACUCGAUGACAAUUUUCUCACUUUAUUUGUAAAUUAUUGAUCAAAACUCCCUUUUAUUUAUUAAAACUAUAAAAACAUAACUUUAAUACA